AUGGGCACCCUCGAAGAAACCCACUUGCGCCAACUGCCGGUGGGCCUGCCCGCAAUGGAAGCCAAACAGGCCAACGACCAGGCCAACGACCAGGACAAGGAACCAGGGGAGGCAUAUAGAAGGGGCCUCAGGGAAAUCAUAACGAGGGUUUACGUGGGGGACUAUGAGGACUCCAAGAACAUCCUGCUGCUUGGCAGCAUUGGCAUCACUCACAUCAUCAUCGUAAGGUGCAAUGAAGAAUAUCAAAUGGCCAGGAUAAUUUACCCACAUAAGUUCGAAUACUACAUCAUCGACCUGGAGGGCAACUAUAACUUCACCCACUGUACUCAUUUGAAAUUUCUGCUGGACGAGAUCCUUUUUGAAAAUAGCGAAAAUAGGGUCUUUAUCCACAGCUACAUCUCCCUUGAAAAGAUUCUCUCCCUGCUGGUAUUCUACAUUGCCACAACGCUAAACCUCGACGUGGAAGACGUCCUCGCCUACGUGAAGAGAAUAGUCCCCGAUUUUUCCAUGGGCACAGGAGAGAGCGACAAUAUGUACUACUUCACCAAGAGGCACAUGUUGACCUACUACCCAGGGUGCAAAAAAAAGAAAAAUUUAACAGAUAAAAAAAAGGAAUACACAAGCUACCUUGACGUGCGGGACAAAAAGGGGAGCCUCCAAGUUGCUCCUAAAGAAUGA